UUCUCGCUCGUGCCCCACCCGGUCUGUGCUGCCCGGUCUCGUGCUGCUCGUCACCCCCGUGCGGCCCGUCCCGUACAGCACCUAGUUGCUGCCCGAACCCGCUACCCGUACCCGUGCUCCUCACACACCGUGCACCAGCUGCGGGGCGUUCAACCGCAGCCGGGCACCUGUUCCACCGCGGUGGUUUAG